AUGGAGACGGAGGCGGAGGUAGCUCGUGUCGCCGAGCUUCAGGCAAAGCUUGACAUGGAGCACAGCCAGUUCGAAGAGGACAAGGCGAAGAUGGCAUCGGUGGUUCAUCUUCCUUCUACGGCCGUUAUCAAGCUGGACGUCGGUGGUCGCCAGUUCAAGACCACCACCGCGACCCUGUGCAGGGAGGAGUCGAUGCUCUCGGCCAUGUUCUCGGGCAAGGGGUUCAAGGUGGAGAAAGACGAGGACGGCUUCUUCUUCAUCGACCGCCCUGGCGCGCCCUUUGAGCACAUCCUGCACUACCUCCAGACGGGGGUCUUCAUCCCCCCGACCGAUCCCGCCCUGCUCAAGGCCGUCCAGCUCGAGGCCGACUUUUACCAGAUCGAAAGCUUGAUCGACCAAUCAACGUGGCACGACUUUACCUUCUCUGAUCUCGACGACAAUCGGGGCGUCUUGUACUGGCUCGGCACCAAGAAGGGGACGGCCCUCUACCGGAGCCCGGUCGACGCCGGCUUGGUCAAGGUCGUCGGCGCAUACAACGGACGCAACCUCAUCGAGCGCACAGCAGGCGACGGCGGCUGCUGCUACGCGCUCGACCAGAGCUUCACCAUCGAACUGCCCGUCGCUGUAAGGCCCAACCGCUACUGCCUCUCCUACGCGACCGCCACCGGCUGCCGCCGCCCCGCCAACUGGUCGCUCUCGGCUUCCGUGGACGGUAAGGCCUGGGCCACGCUCUGCGCCCACGUGGACGACCGAUCGCUGAUCAAGGCCAACCGGGCCUCGUGGCCGAUCCCCGAGCAGGAGCAGGCCUUCAAGCGCUUCCAGCUCACCUGCACGGGCGCCAGCGAGGGUGACGAAGAGGACGAGGACGAGCUUGACGAGGACUACCAGGACGACGAGCCCACACCUUGCAAGUGCUUCCACGUCUGUGGCUUCGAGCUCUACGGCCAGGUGCACCUGGAGUGA